GCUGUUAACUGCAGUGUCGCCUUGAUUUUUCAUAAACAGUCGAAGAAGAACAGCUUCGCCUCAACAAGAAAAUGAAAAAUGUCGAUCGUCUUCGUGCCUAAAAGACUGCGCGGCAAGGCUAAAAUCAACCAAGAAACUAUCCAAAGGCUUUUAGACGAAAACGACCAAUUAAUAAGAUGCAUCGCCGACUACAUGAAGAAGGGACGAGCUGUGGAGUGUGUCAAAUAUCAACAAUUCCUGCAUCGGAAUAUUGUUUACUUGGCCACCAUUGCCGAUGCAAGCCCUGUUGUUGACAACACGUCACAGUCUUCAACGUGAUCGAACCUCAGCCUUUUAAGGAAGCUUCUUCUAUUCAUGCCAUCAUUUUACAUACCUUUCCUUCAUUCCUACAGUAUUCCGUAUUCAUAGAGAUAAUCAGGACCACACAAAAUGCUUACACCAGAAUCGAAGAGAAAUAUUACGAAUGUUUUUUUUAAUGGCUCAAUACUAUGAUAAAAAGUUGCAGUAAUUGUGUCCAACUCUCGAACAAAAUUACGUUUCAAUAUUUUUUUUUAUUUUACUGGAAAGAAGUGGAAAUCGUACACAAAUUAGUUUGUAAGGAUACAAGGAAGUUGUGACACUAUGAAAAUGGAAGAAAAAAACAAGUAACGUUACAAAUAUUAAGUUAUAACAUUUUGUGGAAAGUGUUGCAGUUGUCCGAAAAUACUUGAUUAAAUUAUUACUAGAAAAAAUACAUUUAUUAAUGUUUAUUUAUUGUAGUCAGUUUGGGAUCCAUUCAUUCCACAUGGAAUAAAACUUCCUUUGUAAUAUUUAGUGGUUUUGUCAUUGUAUUUUUAAAAUCACAUUUUUGUUGUAAUGAGAAAAAAAGUGGCCUUUUUUAAAAUACAUAUUUUAAUAAUAUAGUAUGUUCUUUUUCUUCCACUCAAAAUAUAAAAAUGGAAAUAAAAAGUUACACAAAUGAGGUCAACAUGUGUUGCCCCUAACUGACCUUCAGAUAAAUAUUUUUGUAGACUUACACAAACUUUGAUCCACAAGGGAAUUGUUCCACACAGUAGCUGUUACAAAGGAUGGAAGGGAUAAUGCAGGUAUAAAGUAGAUUAAAAAUGUACCAUAGUAGCAAUAUAAAAUAUGUAAUAUUUACAUGUGUGUGUGUGUGUGUAACCUACACUAAUAUAUUUUUAAUACAACACGAUAAAAUUGUAAAGCAUUUA